AUGUCCAAUCUCAACGAUAAAGUAGCGAUGCGUCACAUGGACGUAUACAUGGAACAAGAAGAGAAGUAUACUGAACCUGUUUUAGCAGAAACCGAUCGCCUUCAAUCCAAACUCCAAUCAGAAAUGGCAUCUCGCAUGUCUUCUCAGCUCUCCACUCCUCCAUUUCGCUGGGGGCCCUGGUACCUUCAAUUUCCAUUUGCACUUCAUCUGAAGCUUGUUGAUUUCUUUUGGAUCCGAAUUCAAAUUCUGUGUUCUUCUUUGGCAAUUUGGAGGUGGAAUUCAGGUGGGUUCGAUUUGAUCUCCGGGAAGAGGAUUGAACAAAAACUCAUCGAUUACAAUCAAGAAGCAGAAAGAUUUGGGGGUUAUGCAUAUGAAGAGGUAUCAGAAGUCUCACCUGAUCAUCGAUUCAUUGCAUACACCAUGUAUGAUAAAGACAACGAUUUCUUCAAAUUAUGUGUUAGAGAUUUGAAUUUAGGUCCUCUCUGUAGUAAGCCACAAGCUGAUUGGGUAUGUAAUGUGGCAUGGGCUAAAGGGGGUCAAGCAUUGCUAUAUGUUGUCACUGAUAAAAAAAAGAAGCCCUACAGGAUAUAUUGUAGCAUGCUUGGAUCAAAGGAUGAAGAUGUGAUACUCUUAGAAGAACCUGAAGAAAAUGUUCAUGUUAACAUCAGACAUACAAAGGAUUUUAAGUUUGUGACUGUUUAUGUGUUUUCAACCACAUAUUCAAAGGUUUUUCUAAUCAAUGCAGCUGAUCCUCUCUCUGGUUUAACAUUCGUGUGGGAAUGUGAAGCUUGUGCACAUUGCAUUAUCGAGCAUCAUCACUCUUCAAGUCCAAGAAAGUGGGAGGCAACAAUUAAUGUGAAAAAAAGAAAGAAUUCACCUGUUGAUGAUGAAAAGCAUGUGGAACCUGUGGUUGAUGAAGGUGAUAUUGGUGAGUGGCAACCUGAUGGAAGCAUGAAAAUUAUUGAUCGCAAGAAAAACAUAUUCAAACUCUCACAAGGAGAAUAUGUCGCUGUUGAAAAUCUUGAGAAUAUAUGGAUCUUUGGGAACAGCUUUGAGGCGUGUCUUGUUGCUGUUGUGAAUCCAAAUAAGCAAGCAAUUGAACAUUAUGCUGAAGCACAUAACAUUUCUGGGGAUUUUGAAGCUUUAUGUGAAAAUCCCAAAAUUAAAGAAUAUGUAUUGGGAGAGCUCCCUAAAGCCGGAAAAGAAAACAAGUUGAAAGGUUUUGAAUUUGUGAAAGCGAUCCACCUUGACCCCGUUACUUUCAUAGUGAUAAUGAAAGCUGUUACGGGUUUUUCUGAGUUAUUCCCUCAUAUGUUACAGGUGUUUAUAAAGCUUAAGAAGGGUUAUGCUUUUCCUGCCAUGGAUCCAUGGGGAACAAGUGAUCCUUAUGUGGUUUUGCAAUUGGAUAGUCAGAUUGUGAAAAACAAUGUUAAAUGGGGGACAAAGGAACCAACUUGGAAUGAAGAUCUCACAUUAUACAUCAAGCAUUCGCCAACCAUCGAUCUUCAGGUUGCAGCUUGGGAUGCUAAUCUUGUUACUCCCCAUAAACUUAUGGGCAAUGGAAUUGUCAGCUUGGAGUCCAUAUGUGAUGGUGAGCUUUCUUCUUUUUCUUUUGGAUGCUUUAAGUCUUUAGCUUCUUUGCACCUCAAACAAAUUUAA